AGCAGACGAAUAUACGAUAGUAUUGAGAAGGGUGUAGAGUGAACGAGUAUAUUAGGGGAGUUUGGGACAACAAAAGAAGAGCAGAGAGCGCCUCUACACAUAUUUUUUAGGGUUUGUUUGUUAUCAAUCAUCAAGCUUAGACCAAUCUCAAUCAUCAAUGGCGGAGGAGGUGCCUAGAUCUGCCGGCGUUGUGCUCCGAUUCAACGAUCAGAAAGGCUUCGGUUUCAUCAAGCCCGAUGACGGCGGCGACGAUCUCUUCGUUCAUCACUCCGACAUCAAAUCCGACGGCUAUCGCACUCUUUUCCCCGGCCAGUCCGUCGAGUUUUAUGUCCUUUUGGAUGAUAACAAGACCAAGGCUGUGGAGGUCACGGGGCCGAACGGAUCUCCUCUCCAGCAGAGGGGUUCGGGUGGGGCCCGCGCCGGUGGUGGUGGUUUCGGUGGGGCCCGGGGUGGUGGCGGGUUUGGUGGGGCCCGCGGAGGCGGUGGCGGUGGGGAGUGUUAUACUUGUGGGAGGCUUGGGCAUAUGGCUAGGGAUUGUGAUGGUGGGGCACGCGGUGGUGGCGGAAGGGGCGGAGCUGGUUAUGGUGGGGCCCGUGGCGGUGGUGAGAGGGGUGCAGGUGGGUAUGGUGGGGCCCGUGGUGGUGGAGCUGGGAAUGGUGUUUGUUAUAAUUGUGGAGGGAUAGGGCAUAUGGCGAGGGAUUGUACGAGUGCUCGGAAUGCGGCUGGUGGUGGUGGAGGGAUUGGAGGCGGGGCUUGUUAUACUUGUGGGGAGCACGGGCAUUUGGCCAGAGAGUGUCCUGUUGGUGCUGGUGGAGGCGGGGGCGGCAGGGGUUAUGAUAGGUUUGGAGGCUCUGCUGGAGGAAGGGGCUAUGAUAGGUUUGGAGGCAACGGUGGAGGAGCUGGAAGGGGAGGUGGAAGCUGUUACAACUGUGGUGAGCCGGGGCAUUAUGCUAAGGACUGUAACACAGUCCGAGAAUAAGAGUGUUUAGCGAUCGUUUGAAACGGUGGUUAUCUGUUUACUUUUUGUUUGUUCUUUUGAUGAAAUGAAUGAUGUUGCGUUUUUAGAUUUUUGACUUGGGUAUCAUGAUAGGAUAGUUUUUUGGGGUUUAUUGGGGAUGAUCCAUUCAUGUUUAUAUACAUAUCUUGGUCGUGGUAUGGAUAUGGCUCUUUGUUGGUUGGCGGGUUCAGUUACUAAUAACUGACAUUAUGAAUGAAUUUUGUUAUGGAUUAUUUUUCAUCA